AUGAACAAAAACGGAACAGCUAAAAUGAAUGAUAAUCAAAUUAGAGCAGAAGGUAGAAGGUUAUUUAAACGCUUCUAUAACAUUCCUGAUGGUGUUAAUCCUAAAACUCGUAGAAGCUAUUUAAAUGAAGCAAUAGAUGCAUAUGAAGGGUUUGACAUUUCAUCAGAAAGUGAGAGAUUAGCGAGAAUGUUAAAUGUUAAUAUUGAUUUCUAUUAUUGUGAUCCUCAACCAGAAGACGUGGACAUAAAUAAGGUAGACUUUCCAUUAGUGGAUUCAAUAAUGAUAGAUCCAGAAUUUGAAACAGUAAAUAUUUUAUUAACACAGAGUCCAUGUGGAAAACUUCACGCUGACAGAAUAACAGACGUUGAAGCACUCACCGGCUAUAAAGUUUGUCCAUAUUGUAAAGAAGAAGUUUAUUCUAUCCGUGAUGAUCCAGAAAGGAAAAACCAAAGAAGAUUUUUAAAGCAUUGUGAGAAAUGUAAAGAAAAUAAUGGAAUAUUAAUUCAAGACGUUCAAUUGCAAAAAACCCAGCAACCAUAUGCACCACAUAUUACGAAAUAA